GACGACAUCUAGUAACCCUCCCCUCCCCCGACCGACAUCACACGACAUCCCGCCAUCAUGUCGACCGCCAAGGUGAAGACUGGCCAGCUCUGGGGCAAGAGCAAGGACGAGCUCACCAAGCAACUAGAUGAGCUGAAAACUGAACUUGGUCAGCUCCGUGUGCAGAAAAUUGCUGGGGGUGCUUCCUCCAAACUCACCAGAAUUCACGAUUUGCGCAAAUCGAUCGCGAAGGUCCUUACCGUCAUAAACGCCAACCAGCGCUCGCAACUGCGCCUUUUCUACAAGAAUAAGAAAUACCUUCCCCUUGACCUCAGGCCAAAGCAGACUCGCGCCAUCCGGAGACGGCUGUCGAAGCACGAAGCCGCCUUGAAAACGGAGAAGGAAAAGAAGAAGCUGAUGCAUUUCCCCCAACGGAAAUAUGCUGUGAAGGCAUAGGUAUGAUAAUGGGAUGCGGGGGAGUUGGAGAGCGUUGUCGUUUUGCUGUUUUGCUCUUGAUAUUUUUCUUCCUCAUAUCGGUUGAGAAAUUGAACACAUGUAUCCUAGACGAUGCAAAUCGAGUUGGGCAGCAAUUUCACGAAGUUUUUUUUCCCCCUUAUGGUUCAAAACACAUUUAAUGAAAAGCCUUUUUAUCUUCC